GCGAGUAGAGAGUACUUACCCGAGAUGGAGACCGAGAAAUCAAUCGAAGAUCAGUUCUCGAAGCUGCAUCCAUGCUGGUCGUUGAACACAAGAAUCGCGGUUUUAGGCGGUGGGCCCAGCGGAUUAUCAGCUGCUUACGCAUUGUGCAAGAUCGGUUACGGAAACGUGACCGUGCUGGAGAAAUACCACACUGUUAGUGGAAUGUGUGAAUCAGUAGAUAUUGAAGGAAGAUUUUACGAUCUCGGAGGGCAAGUUCUUGCCGCUAGCAGCUCCCCGACGAUUUUCCAUUUAUCGAAAGAAAUGGGAUGUGAGAUGGAAGAAAUGGAUUCCCACAAACUGGCCUUGAUUGAUAGUAAAACAGGGAAAUAUGAAGACAUCAAAGUAGCAGAUGACUAUGUAUCAGUAAUCUCACUAACUCUCGAAAUUCAGGAAAAGGCCAAGAACUCAGGGCGAAUCGGAGUUCAUGCAGUGAGUGAGAGCGCUUCCGAUUUAACACCAGAAUUUCUCGAGGCUCGUGGAAUGAAAUCCGUGCCUAAAUCUGUAGCGUACGGAUAUACUGCAUCCGGAUAUGGGUUCGUUCAAGAUAUGCCUUACGCGUACAUACACGAGUUCACUCGAACAUCCAUGGCUGGAAAAAUCCGACGCUUCAAAGGCGGGUACAUGAGUUUCUGGCAGAAGAUCAGCAAAUCCCUGCCGUUGAAACUCCUCUGCAACACCCAAGUAGUUUCGAUCAGACGGUGCUCGUCCGUAGUCGAAGUCGACGUCGAAAUAAACGGAUCAGAUCGCACCACUUUCGAAUUCGAUAAAAUGAUCGUUUCGGGUUCGUUUCCUUUCGAGCAUGGCAAGACAUAUAGAUCACCAUCAGUCACUGUAGCGGAACCCGAAAGCGAAAUAAUGGAUUUCACCGAGCUCGAAAAGGAACUUUUCGAUAAAGUCCAAACCAUCGAUUACUACACGACUGUGAUGAAGAUUAAAGGGAUGGAACACAUGCCCGUUGGGUUUUACUACUUUGGGGAAUUUAUGGAUGAUCCACAAACAAUCGGAAAUCCUGUAGCAAUGCAGAGGUUUUAUUCCGACACUGACGUAUUCCUGUUCUGGUCGUACGGAAAUUAUGCUGACAUCACGGGCCCACAAGUGACUCAGCUAGCUAUCGAUGCAGUCAAACGAAUGGGAGGAGAAGUCGAACGGACAAUUCUACAACGCCGCUUCAAGUAUUUUCCUCAUGUUCAAAGCCAAGACAUAAAAGACGGUUUCUACGAUAAAAUAGAGACGCAACUUCAGGGCCAGAAUAACACCUACUACAUAGGUGGAUUAAUGGCAUUUGAGCUUACAGAAAGAAACUCAUCCUACGCCAUGUCUUUGAUUCGCAAGCACUUUGCGUCUGAUGAUCCAUUACCGAAAUUUCCCUACGUAAAGAGGUUGUUUUCUGGGACGCCGGUUAGCUGCGAUAAGAUGCCUCGUAAGCUAGACGAAUCCGAGGGAGUGGAGUUUCCGGAUCUCUCUAGCCUCGAUUGCUAUUUAAAACACUGGGGAACACAUAGUGUUAUCCGAAGCAAGAUUCUUUAUACUUGGAUAAACGAUGGAGGAGAGGUAUCGAGCCGAAGGACGUAUAUGGAGCUACAUGCAAAUGCCGACAUCAUAGCCGAAAAGCUUUUGUCCAAUCGUAAACCGGUGAUCAAACCGGGCGAUAGGGUUCUUCUUAUUCAUGUUCCCGGUUUGGAAUUCAUCGACGCCUUCUUCGGUUGUUUACGAGCAAGAGUACUUCCGGUCCCGGUUCUUCCACCCGAUCCACUCCAAAGAGGCGGACAAGCCCUCUUGAAAAUUGAGAACAUAGCUAAGUCGUGCAACGCAGUGGCGAUUCUUUCCACCGUGGGGUACCACUCCGCCGUUCGAGCGGGGUUCGUCAAGAAUUUAAUCCAAUUCUCGAAUUUAAAUGGACGAAACAGCAGCAGCACCUCUGCGCGGUGGCCCGAUCUUCCGUGGCUGCACACAGAUUCUUGGAUAAAGAAAUCCAAAGGCUCGUCCGGUACGAAUAUCGGUGGUGUGACACCACCUCGCGGCGACGAUUUGUGCUUCCUUCAGUUCACGUCGGGGUCCACCGGUGAUGCGAAAGGAGUGAUGAUAACUCACGGCGGACUAAUCCACAAUGUGAAGCUAAUGAGGAGGAGAUACAAAAGUACAUCGAACACCGUGCUUGUGAGCUGGCUCCCACAGUACCAUGACAUGGGGCUGAUCGGCGGGCUUUUCACUGCUCUCGUCAGCGGCGGGACAGCUGUCCUUUUUUCUCCGAUGACGUUCAUCAAGAACCCUCUUUUAUGGCUCGAGAUCAUCAGCAACUACAAGGGGACCCACAGCGCGGGGCCCAAUUUCGCCUUCGAACUCAUGAUUCGGAGAUUGGAGCUCGAGAAGAACAGAGCUUUGAAGUACGAUCUUUCUUCCAUGGUGUUUCUAAUGGUGGCUGCCGAGCCGGUGAGGCAGAAGACUCUGAAGAAAUUCAUCGAGCUUACUUCUCCGCACGGGCUAUCGGAGUACGUGUUGGCUCCAGGAUACGGAUUGGCCGAGAAUUGCGUGUUCGUGAGCUGCGCGUACGGCGAAGGGAAACCUAUAUUGGUGGAUUGGCAAGGUAGGGUUAGCUGCGGGUAUGUCGAUUACGCCGAUCGAGAUGUGGAUGUGAGAAUCGUCGAUCCGCAGAGUGGCGAAGAGCGUAAAUAUCCGGAAAUCGAAGGCGAGAUAUGGAUCAGUAGCCCUAGCGGCGGAAUUGGGUAUUGGGGGAGAUCGGAGCUCAGCGAAACCACUUUCCGAAACGUGUUCGAAACCCGACCCGGUAAAAUGUACACCCGGACCGGCGAUCUGGGCCGGGUCAUCGAUGGGAACCUAUUCAUCACUGGUCGGAUCAAGGAUCUGAUCAUUGUUGCUGGGAGGAACAUUUACUCGGCCGAUGUGGAAAAGACGGUGGAAGGAUCGUCGGAUAUUCUGCGCCCCGGAUGCUGUGCUGUCAUCGGCGUUCCGGAGGAGAUUCUGUCCACGAAAGGGAUCUCGGUUCCGGAAAGUUCCGAUCGUGUCGGGUUGGUUGUUAUCGCGGAGGUUAAGGAUGGGAAACCGGCGAACGGAGAAGUCGUAGAGCGAAUCAAGGCUACGGUUGCCGAAGAGCACGGAGUUGGCUUGGCUGCCGUUAAGCUCAUCAAACCGAGAACCAUCAGCAAAACGACUUCGGGCAAAAUCAAACGGUUCGAGUGCCUCAAACAGUUCACCGACGGGACGCUCAAUUUAGUGCCGGAUCCGAUAAUACCGAAACGAACGCUCUUUCGGUCCAACACUACCGGCACGUGCAGGGAGGGACACACCCCCCGGCCACAGCUGAAACGGAAUAUUCUCACACCAACGAAUACCAAAUUGAGUUACGCGGAAAUCGAGGAUUAUUUAAAGAAGCUUGUUUCGGAGCAGACGGGUUUUCCUUACAGCAAGAUUUCUUCGACUGCGAAUCUCACUUCGUACGGAAUCGACUCCAUUGGCGUGGUGAGAGCAGCUCAAAAGCUCUCGGAUUUUCUCGGCGUACCGGUUGGAGCGGUCGAUAUAUUUACGGCAACUAGCAUCGAAGACUUGGCCACCUUCUCAGAGGGACUCGUGAUGAAAUCCCAGCCUCGAAACCCGUCGGGAGACGAUCAAGAAUUGGAUAUGUCUUCUCAAUUCGAAACCGAAGUUUUCUUGCAUCAAGAAGUUUCGUCAUUCCACAAACUUUCUACCAUGGUACUCCAAUUUCUCGCACUCGCAUACGUCUCGGUUUUGCUGAUCCUUCCUUCGUAUCUGUCGAUUUCAUUAUACGCAAAGUUGAUAUCUUCCAACUUUGCCCUCAUGACGACGAUAAAUGGAUACGCACCGUACAUUAUUUCGCUAGCAUUCACACCUCUUUCUUGGUUAUUCUGCAUGCUUUCCACAUGCGGUUGCAUAUCCCUUUUCGGGAACUCGUUUCUCCAACCAAACUACGCUUUGGUUCCCGAUACCUCGAUCUGGUCGCUCGAUUACAUCAAAUGGUGGGCCCUAUACAAGGCUCAAGAGGUUUCAUCAAAGGUGCUGGCUGUGCAUUUGCGAGGAACAGUGCUUCUAAACUACUGGUUUCGGAUGUUCGGAGCCAAGAUAGGUUCGUCGGUGCUUCUGGACACAAUUGACAUAACUGACCCUGCCCUAGUUUCGAUCGGAGAUGGAUCUGUACUUGCCGAGGGAGCAUUAGUACAAAGCCACGAGGUCAAAAACGGAAUCUUGAGCUUCCGCCCGAUACGAAUCGGAAAGAACUCCUCGGUUGGUCCGUACGCCGUAAUCCAAAAGGGAACUGUUUUACGAGAUGGUACUGACGUACCUGCGUUGCAAGUCACUGAGGAAGGCAAACACAUCAAGUCUAACAAUACUCAUAAGAUUGCAGAACAGCGAAAAGAAAGCAACGAAACGCAAACGGCCAUUUAUCAUCUUAUGGGAGUUUACGUGGUUGGGUUCGUAAGCUCUUUUUCAGCAGCAAUCCUCUACUUUAUGUAUAUCCAGCUAAGCCAAAUGAGUCCUAAAAUCGAACACUUCAUGUUUCUCUGCAUUGCCGGUGCCUUCCACUGGUUGCCUCUCACAAUCGUUGCAUACGCUAUCAUCGUCAACGGUACAUUAUCUCUCAGCCCGUUGACAUUUUCCGUUUAUGUCGCCACAGCAUACUCAGCUCAUGGAUUGAUCCUCAUCUUGCUCACAUCCUUAAUAAACCACUCCCUGUCCAAAAACAACGAAUCGAGCACGAGAAAAACGUGGCUUCGCCACAGAAUCAUCGUCGCUUGCCAUCUCAGAUUCUCGAAACUCCUCUCCGGAACGGAAGCUUUCUGCAUAUACUUGAGGCUCUUAGGUGCAAAAGUGGGGAGACAUUGCUCCGUUAGGGCUAUUAACCCUGUUCUGGAACCGAAACUCGUGUCGAUCGGAAACGGUGUUCAUCUCGGUGACUUCAGUCGGAUUAUCACCGGCUUCUAUUCAUCCGAUGGUUUCGUUAAAGGAGAAGUUGACGUGCAGGAGAAUUCGGUAAUUGGAAGCCAAAGCAUUGUCCUCCCCGGUGCAACUAUACAGAAAGAAGUGAUUCUUGGUGCACUUUCAGCUGCUCCGAUGAAUUCGGUUCUUCAAAGAGGCGGUGUCUAUAUCGGAUCCCAAACUCCCGUCAUGAUAAAGAACACAACCCACGAAUUAGAUGAGCGUAUUGAAGAGAUGGACAUGAAAUACAAGAAGAUCGUCGGAAACCUGGCCGCAAAUCUCGCCGCCACAACUCUUAAAGUCAGAACAAGAUACUUCCAUCGAGUUGGAGUUAGUGGUAAAGGAGUGCUCAAAAUGUACGACGAAAUCAAAGGAUUGCCGGAUCACGAAAUCUUCCGAUCGGGGAAGACGUAUCCUGUAAUAAUUCGCCACAGCAACAGCUUGAGCGCUGACGAUGAUGCAAGAAUCGAUGCACGAGGAGCGGCUGUUAGAAUCUUCUCCGAUUCUCAAGAAGUCCCUCUCUUGGACUUGACAUUGAAAACGGGAAAUGCGUUUUACGCACGGACUAUUUCCGAUUUCGCCACGUGGCUCGUUUGUGGGCUGCCCGCGAGAGAGGAGCACGUAAAACGAGCACCUCAUAUCAGAGAAGCCGUGUGGACUUCUCUUCGUAAUGCAGAGACUUUUACCGAACUUCACUAUUACUCGAACAUAUGCAGGCUGUUGAGGUUCAAAGAUGGAAGCGAAAUGUAUGUGAAAUUCAAGCUGAGGCCGUUCGAUGAGAGAAUAACCGAAGAUUCGGGCAAGGUUGAGCCAAUAGGAAUCCUCCCACCAGAAACGGGUGCAAUUCCUCGUGACAGCAAUGACAAACGUCCGAUGCAGUUUCUGGCUGAUGAUUUUCAGACACGCGUGAGCUGUCCUGAUGGGGUUCGAUACGUUUUUCAGCUACAAUUCCGGCCUGUGCCUCGUGAUGUGGAAACGCAAGACGAAGCUCUUGAUUGUACUAAACCGUGGGACGAGGUUGAGUUCCCGUUUGUUGAUGUUGGAGAGGUGGUCAUUAGUGAGAACCUCACAAAAGAGCAGACUGAGAAUCUUGAAUUCAAUCCUUUCUUAAGGUGUGAAGAGGUCGAUGUGAUAAGGGCGAGAUCGGCCUCGCAGAGCGCGUCGAUCGAUCAUGGCCGCUCGUUGAUUUAUGAGAUUUGCCAGCAUUUGAGGAACAACGAUCCACUACCGGAGGCGUGGAGAUCGUUUAUCGAGCAAUCGGACGUCAAGGUGGACCUGUCUGGCUGUCCUGUUGCAGCAUCAAUGUCACAUAAACGGGAUUCGAAUUCGAAUUCAGGCGAAGGAGUGACACUAGCAAGAACAUGGUACCAAACAUCAUGGUCCAUUUUGGCGCAGCCGUUGCUACAGACGUUCUUGCCGUAUUUCGUAUUGGCAUACGUAAUUUCCCGCCCUCUAAAUUGGGUGCUUGUUUCUGCAAACAAAUAUCCACUGCAUUGGACGCUACCGUUGUUUUGGGUGAUUUCAGGGGUAUGGGCGGGAAUAGCUUGUGCGGCGGCGAAAUGGGUUCUCGUCGGAAAGAAGAAAGACGGCGGAACUGCGCUGAUGUGGAGCAGAUCGGUAUUCAUGGACACGAUCUGGCAGGCUUUCAAGACGUUGGUAGGGGAGUAUUUCAUGGAAACGACGAUGGGUUCGAUGCUUUUCGCGGCGUGGAUGAAGUUGAUGGGAUCGGAAAUCGAGGUGGGGGGAGGGGUCUACGUGGACACGAUGGGAGCGAUUCUGAACCCUGAGAUGGUGGAGAUUGAAAGGGGCGGGUGUGUGGGGAGAGAGGCUCUGCUUUUCGGGCAUAUAUACGAAGGUGAAGGUGGGAAGGUGAAGUUUGGGAGGAUUACGGUUGGGGAAGGUGGGUUUGUGGGGAGUAGGGGGGUCGCUAUGCCGGGGGUGGUGGUGGCCGACGGCGGCUGUCUCGGUGCUCUGUCGCUCGCCAUGAAAGAAGAAGUUGUACGGAUGAAAUCGCAGAACUGAAUACUGUGAAAUAA